AUGACUCGGUCCGUCCCUGUACCCAGCAACAAGGAUCAUCCUAGCAGCGUACGACGAAGCUCAACCGACGCUACAGGAACAUCUGCGCCCAACAAACGUAAGCUCCCAAAGCGAAACCAUGCUCCCAACUGUUGCCAACCUAACUUGAUUCAACCAGGCUAUAGGUCCAUCACCACCAUGACUCCAGAACAGCUUGCGCGGAAGCGGGCCAACGACCGCAACGCUCAAAGGGCCAUCCGCGCUCGGAGAAAGGCCCAAGUUUCGCAGCUCGAGGCCGAGCUGGAAGCACUCAAGAACAAGCCGCAUGCGUGCUGUCGCAAGUUGCUUCAGAGGAACCUGGAACUAGAGUGCGAGCUGGCCAUGAUGAAAGGGAGCCCGCUUCCAUGCCCGUCGCGCGCCACACCUCCAGGCCACGCCGACGAAGGCACGACAGUCGCCCAGUCGCCCGAGAUGCACGGCGUCAACGGCCAGUCGUACCCCAAUGGCGAGGACCCAGCAAGAACUUUGCUAAUGUCCCCCGCGGGCGGCUAUGACUCGCCCAGCGAGACAAAUAGUCCGGUGGCAAUGAUUUAUCCCCAGUGCGGCCUAGAGAGUAGAGACGCGCCUCUGCAAGGCCCAAAUGCCGCAGUGUACACCGCAAACUACGCCGCAGACAAUGUUGCCAUGGCCAACCAGGCCCUCGUAAGCUGCGGACAGGUCUGUCCAACGAUACCAAGUCCUUCCAUGCCAGACUUGUGGCCCACGGGGACGCCUUACGCACACGCCGGCGGCAUCAUGGACGGUCUAGUAACCCUGGGGGCUCAGAAUAUGGUGCCAACAGCGAGCACAAUGUCUUCACCUUUCCCGCAAUGA